AUGAAGUUUACAGUUCUAUACCUAGUCGGCCAAUUCUUCACAUUGACGAAUACCAUAGACACGGGGGUCAAUAAUAGCAGAUUGCUUCCCCAGCGAGAUGGAACAAACUGCGAAAAAGCCUGUGCGACUUUAGCCUCCGAAUUCCCAGGCAGACUCCAUUAUCACGACGAUGAUCCCGACUUCACAAUCUGGGACCAGAAACAAUUAGAGACCGCUUAUACCUGUCGCGUCCAGCCUGCAUCUGCCACCGAGGUCUCCAGAGUCUUGCAGGUCCUUGUGCACAACUGGUGCAGAUUCGCGGUCAAAUGCGGCGGCCACUCGCGAUUUCCGGACGACUCAGUCUCCGUCGGUGGUGUUACCAUCGACCUUGGCUUGAUCAACAGUACCGUCGUCUCAGGUGACGCAACAACAGCUCGCGUGGGCGGCGGGUCCCUCAGCCGCCAGGUCUUUGCUGCUCUUGAUCCGUAUGGUUUGGCAUACAUUGGUGGAAGAGUUGGCCAAGUUGGCAUUGGGGGUUUCACUCUUGGUGGAGGUACCUCAGUUCUCGCUGGAAAACAUGGAUGGGCACUGGAUCAUGUCCUUGAGUACGAGGUUGUUCUACCGAAUGCCACGAUUGUGACGGCAUCCCAACAUUUGCAUCCCGAUUUAUACUAUACUCUUAGAGGCGGCGGUAACAACUACGGAAUCGUAACAUCGUUCAACAUCACCGUGUUUCCCCAGAGUCCUGUGUAUACCGGUUCGCGUACCUUUAGCGAUGACCAGACGGGUCGAGUACUUGAAGAGGCAGAGAGACUCUUUGCAGUCCAGGACUCUGAAGACACCGCGGUAGGUCUGGAGUACCGGUAUACCUAUACCGCACAGAGUGGCUGGAGUAUCUCAACUACCCAAAGAUACGGGGAGCCAAUGCUGUACCCUCCAGUAUUUGAUAGCCUGAACAGCAUCCCGGCAUUGGGGAAUCUCACCGGGGGCAUAAACAGUAUUGCCAAUAGCACGAGUUCGCAACAAAGAUUAGGGAUAACAAGAAAUGUCUUCAGCACUAUAACGCACUAUCCAUCUAUAGACUUGAGCAAGAAGGGCCUUGAUAUCGUCAAGAGCCUUGUGGAGGGAAGAGGCUUGACUAGUUUGAAUCCACAGCUGAUCACAUAUUCCAUACCUGCCGCGACAAUGGCAAUGUCCAAGGCAAGAGGCGGCAACGCUCUCGGCCUUGACGUGGAGGGACAUCUUAUCAUCAAUCUAUUCUCCUUGAGCUGGACCGACAGCGCAAUGGAUAAUGCCGCGUAUGCAUUGGCAAAUGACUUUACUGCAGACUUUCAAAAAGCUGCCAAGAAUCUUAGCGUCUUUCAUCCAUUCAUCUACAUUAAUUAUGCGAACCAGGGACAAGACGUUUUCGCGAGCUACGGUGAGGAAAACCAUAGGAGAUUGAUCGAGGUGCAGAGGGCGUUGGACCCCGAGGGUGUCUUUACAUCUUCGGGGCUUUGGACUGGGUUUUUCAAGAUUCGAUGA